AUUAAUUAUUACUAUAAAUUUUCUGCAACACAAAAGCAUCAUUUACCUUUGAACAUCUCGUCUAACGGGAUAAUAUCCGUGUCGAUGGUAUUUCUUGUCAUCUCUGAUCGUUGCUAGGACACUUGUUUACUUGCGAAUUUUUUCUUCCUUCCGCACAACGCAGCGACAGUUUAAAACAAAAACAUGGAAGAUACCGACGUUGAAAUCGACCGUUAUGGAUUAUUGACCAUUGCAAUACCAAAAUCGCGUUCAAAUUCAACCAUCGAUACGAUCUCUUACAGCAGCACUCAUGUUGUAUACAUAAAGAAUGAUUUUUUUGAAAGUAAAUGUCGUAAGAAUGAGGACGAUACGCGAAAUUUAAUAUUGAAAGGUGGAGAUCUUUUCUUGGAAAUCAAAAGGUAUCUACAGAGUUGGGACGCUCCCUAUUUGCGACUCUUUUUAAAGAAAAAUCACGAUGUUACGAGAAUCAAUUUAUCCUACAAUCAAAUUGACUCUUUUGGAUUUAUCGAUAUAAUUAAAUACGUUAUUAAUGAUGAUCAUAUCUUGGAAAUCGAUUGCCGUUACAAUAAUAUCACAGAAUCUGGCAUUAGUUAUUUACUAAAUAACGGGGAAAAAUUGAAAUUGAAAGUAUUGCAAUUAAGCGGGAACAAAAUAGGAAACGAAGGUGCAAUGAAAGUUGCAUUGACUAUGCAAAAAAAUAUUUAUAUUGAACGACUUGAAGUAGCUGACAUCGAUCAAACGGAAGAAAGCUUGAUUUAUUUUACUACUAUAUUGCGAACAGACCAAGAAUACCAUAAUAAAAGUUUGAAAAUUUUGGAUCUAAGUCGACCUAUCACAGAAUGUUUGUACUACAAAUUCAACAGUCAACAUAUUGCUGAAGCAAUCGGAUCAAUGUUGCGAUCUAACGCGUCGCUGGAAGAGCUAUAUUUACAAAAGUUUAGUUUUUCGUGUCACGAUAUUGAAGCAAUGAUUGAAGAUGCAAAGUAUAAUAGAACGUUGAAAUGUUUAGAUUUCCGUUGUAAUAAUAUCGGUGAUCACGGAAUGGAAAUAUUGUCAAAGUGGUUACAACAAGGGUCAACUUUGCAAACUCUCUUGUUAGGACACAAUAUCAUCACUAAUCAUGGUAUCAGAGCAUUAAGUAGAGCAAUAUCAGUUUCUAGAAUAAUAAUACUCGAUGUAUCAUACAAUCGUUUCAAUGACGAAGGCUGUAGUGAACUACUAUAUUCUAUAAAAAAAAUUUGGGUGCUGCGACAACUCCAAAUAUAUGGAAAUAAAAUUGGACAUAAGACAGCAAAGAUUAUCCAACAGAUGCUUUUAUCAACUAUAUUGAAUCAGGAUCGCAUCGACGUAGAAAUUUAUGAGGUUGACGAUACUUUACACCUUGCAUAUCGAGAAUGUCAAACAUUCUAAGUCUAAACAAAAUAC